UGAGAUGGCGGAGAGAGAAACACCCAAAACAUGGAGGGGAAGAAAAGGCAGUAAGGCACACCCUCCAGAAACAUGGAGGAAAAGAAGAGGCAGUAAGGAAUGCCCUCCAGACAUGAGGCUGGCUCUUGUUGGGAAAACUGGAGCAGGAAAGAGCUCCAGUGGAAACACCAUACUGGGAACAGACACCUUGAGUGCAGCAGUCAGUCAGUCCUCAGUCACCAGAUGCUGCUUGAAGCGGACAGGUGAGGUGUUGGGCAGACAGGUGACCGUCGUCGACACUCCUGGACUCUUUGACACCUCGUUACCCGAGCGCACGGUGAAGAGAGAGAUCUCAAAGUGCGUCAACAUGUCGGCCCCGGGGCCCCACGCCAUCCUGCUGGUUAUCAAGGUGGGGACCUUCACCGACGAGGAACGAGACGCAGUCAGGCAGGUGGAGGAGAUCUUUGGGCAGGAUGCCUGGAACUACACCAUCGUCCUCUUCACCCACGGAGAUGAAGUCCAGUCAGACUUCAGGCAGCUGCUGGAGGAGGCGGGACCUGAGCUGCAGCAGAUCCUGGAGAAGGUGGGAAACAGGUAUCACGUCUUCAACAACAUCAAAGCCAACGAUCGCGGACAGGUCUUGGAUCUGCUGGAGAAGGUUGAGGAGAUGGUCGGUGCCAACGGAGGACAGUGUUACUCCAACCCCACCUACGAGGAGGUGGUGGCGAUGCUGCGACGGAGAGAGGAAGAGCUCAGAGAGUUCUACGGGAAGAAGCUGGAGGAAGGAAUCAAAUCUGUGGAGUCAAAGUACGAGAAGAAGCUGAGCGAAGCUCACCAGGAGCGACAGAAGGUGGAGGAGCAGCUGCAGUGUGAGCUGCAGGAGGUGAAGCGGUACUAUGGUGCUUUAGAGAGCGGAGUCCGUUAUGUCGUGGAGCAGAUGGUGCCGACUGACUCCAUGGAAGACUUUCUCAAGUUUCAUGAGGCCCUGAAACUGAAGUUCACCUCUUAAACUCUGAUUCUUUACAAUCAAACGAUCUGCUGACAGAAACGUGCAAAGAGUUCAUGUGACGAGCCGACAAUCAUGUAAAAUGUUCAAAAAUACACAAGUAAAAUGAAUAAAGUACUGCACAUCAUGAUAUAUAUAUAUAUUUAUUUAUCUAACCAUUGAUGAUGGGAAGAGUGUUACAAAUGGUUACUUGUGUCGGAGCGAGGGGUAUCUGGCUUCAUGCCCUUUGUGGUUCAGUACCGUCUCUGGAGUUCCAGAGGGAACUCAAGAGUGGUCAGAGCUCAGCAUUGUCAUCAUUUGUUUGGUUACUUUGGUCAACUUCCUGUUGGCACACUCUUGGAAAAUCUGGAUGCUUACUGUUUUCUGUGCAGUUCCUGGUCUCCUGUUUUUCGCUCUGCUACUCUUAAAGUUACUUCUCCAGAUGCUGUUGUUGCUGGGUUGCAGGAUGAAGAUCGGAGACUGGUAAACUGACUGGGUCGGGUUCUGUUUAAGCAUUUGUGAGUACGGUAUAAAGCUGUAGCCUACAAGUAUUGCAUGGUAAAAAGUAUAGACUUUAUAGUUUUGUGUUGGGAUUCCUGAUGGGAAUCCUGUUUUUAUGGGGGGGGGGGUGACGACCCUCCUCCUCCCAUACACUACAUCACAUGUUUCACUCAAGGCUGCGAAUCCGCUAGCAAAUCUAAAAAAAAUUGAAAAUUAAAAUGAAAUGAAAUGAAAAUAAAAAUAUCCCCAUAUUCGAAGUUAUGAGAUAGAAAGCCAUAAUUAUGAGAUAGAAAGUCGUAAUUAUGAGCUAGAAGUCGUAAUUAUGAGAUAGAAAUUCAUAAUUAUGAGAUUAUUUAUGCCUUUACUGAGGUGGAUGGAGCACCACCUGCUGCUUUAUACAAACAUUGCACACCGUGUUGAACUCCGUAGUCCAUCCUGCUCCUGUGGUUUACUUAUUAACAAGGCAAAUUGAAUGUUAUCAAAGUUAGUUGGGUUAUAUAACUUUAUUACCCAGCUAUGUCAUUUUGUGUUGAAUUAUUUGUUAUGUCUGUCACUGUACACACAAUUAAAUUUUUGUUUUGAUACCAUUGUCCAUGUUCUACAGAUGUCUGACACUGUAGUCCACAUUGAGUGCACCGUGACCCUCCCAGCCAGUCCAUGACUGAUAAUGCUGGGUAAGUGUCACAAAAGCAAGGCAUGAAGUAGAGAACAUAAGUCAUUCUGUCAAUUGAGAACAAUUUAGAAUUUAUUUUUUUAUUUAUUUUACUUUAUGUGUGUGAUUCUGCUCUGUUUUAU